CCAAGCUGAGCUGGGGAAGACUCACAUCGAUGAAAGCAAAGCGAAGCCACCAAGCCAUCAGCAUGUCCUCGUCUCUUCGAGUAAGCCCAUCCAUCAACGGCUACCACUUCGACACGGCCUCUCGCAAGAAAGCUGUGGGCAACAUCUUUGAAAACAUAGACCAGCAGUCCCUGCAGAGGCUCUUCAGGAACUCCGGAGACAAGAAGGCAGAGGAGAGGGCCAAGAUCAUUCUUGCCAUCGAUCAAGACUUGGAGGAGAAGACACGAGCUCUGAUGGCCCUGAAGAAGAGGACGAAAGACAAGCUUCUCCAGUUUCUCAGACUGCGGAAAUACUCCAUCAAGGUGCACUGAGCUUAGCAGGAUGGGUCAGGAGCUUUUCCACCGAUGGACCCUUUAAAGACAGACCCAGUGAGCCUGCCAGCCCGGCAAGGGCAGCGUCCUGCGCACAGGCUUGAACACUUCUUCCAUCAGGACACGAGGAUGGAAAAGGACAGAGCACACCACUCAUUGCAGUCCUGAGCUGUCACACUGAAAGCAAAGUGCCUUCAGCAGACUUUGAGAACUCUCCUGACAGGAAAGGACUAACACUGACAGGGUAGACGAGGAUGGAGGCACAGAACAGAACAUGGGCAGACGGAGACUGAGAGCGUUCAGGGUCACCGGCAAGGCCCUAAGACUAAAUGAAAACCUACUUGGUUUUUGUUGUUGUUGUUUGGUUUGUUAUUUUGUUUUCUUUUCUGGAAAAAAAAAAGGUGUCAAAGUAGUUGGUAGGGAGAGGGAGGAAGGAAGAGGAAUGUCAAUCGUAAAUAGUUUGCUGAAUUUUUAAAAUUCUGAAUGUUUUAAAUGUGGCUAAACCUCAAUGCUGUUUAUUGGCCAAGUUUUUUAGAGAUCAGUAAUGAACUGCUUGCAUUUAUUACAAUGCCUAAGAAGGUGCAUGGCCUGGUGUUAAAGUCAGGGAACUGGGUGCUUUGCCCAGCCCUGGAAAACCCAUUAAUGCCACUCACUGUCUACAUGUUUCUAGAGGAUUUGUAUACAUUUCAAACAGCUUUGCACAAAGUUGAAAUAAUGGGGCUCUUCAUAAUUCUGAAGUACUGUGAACAAUUUUGUAAUAUUUUUUACUCUCUGACUAAUGCUAAAAAUCUAAUCCAAUUAAAUGUCAUAAAGAUACUGCAGCAAGCAUUAGGAAGUGAGAAUAGGAGAUUUUAGAAGGAUGCUGUGGUCUUUAUAAUUUAUUAUACAUUGUAAGUGAUACGCAGCCCCAAUAAAUUAUUAUUGACUUAG